UUUGUGAUAGACACAGAAAGUAAAAUGCCGGAAUCGUGUGUUGAUCGAAUGCAUUGCGGCACCAGUGUUCCAAUAUGGCUGAAAGGUACUCAUCCUUCCGUUAGUGACGGGAUCCAGACAAGACAAGCAUGCGCGAACUUCGAGACCGAGGACACUUCCCACAUCCCAUGCUGUGCACAGGCCAUAAACAUCGGGGUCAAGAACUGUAACGGCUUUUUCGUGUAUUUUCUACAUCCCCCACCAAUCUGCCCUGUGGCUUAUUGUGCAGGAAAGGAACAGCCAUGCCCCCCUGGACAAUGGUCUGACACAGGUUUUCCACCCGGGUGUAAAGAGGCCUACCCUCAGCUGACUCAUCCACCAACUCUUCUUGGACCCAUCAUAGACGGCGACACAUUUUAUUUCACCUGUGACAUCACCUUUAAUGGCAACGACCUGGAUCAAGCCUUUGAGUUCGUCUGGCUGUUUGACGGCGUAGAGAACGACACUACAGUUCCUCCAGAAAUUGUCAGCUACUCUACCCGAUCGGCGAGACUAGACGGGUCCAAACUGAAAGGUCUUCUGAAUAAAAACAUUGGAUGCAAAGUGCGAGCCUUUUACAAGGUUUUCAAGCAAAAUUCCAAUAAAGUAGGGCCAUGGAUGGAAAGUCCUAGAACUUACUGGGCUGGAAUUAAAACGGAGCCCACGCACAUCUAUUUACCCACCGACGAGGACCGGAAAGAGGUGGUCAUAAAGUCAACACUUCCUGUCUUAUGCAAUUCAUCGUCGACAAAUCAUCCAAAUAUGUGUUGUAUUUGGGUAAAUCUUUUAGUUGAAGGGCAUCAAGUUGGCGGAGACCGCCUGCUAGUAUCAAACGAUUGCAGGUACACGCUAUGCAGGUUCGACUGGGACAACAAACUUCAGGAAAUGUCAACAUCCUUUACGAUCGAGGCCAGAUACCUCCAGAUUCAGGACGGCAACAAGGACUUGCUGGUCUCCUUCAGCAGUCUGACUAUAGCGGACCCUUCACCAUAUAUGAAAGUAUUCAGCGGUCUUCAGAUACCUUCGGUACAGGUUUAUCUUGAACAACGGGAUUCAAAGCUCUGCCAAAUGGUGACAGAUCCACAUAUCACAGGACUGGAGGACAAGAGACAGUUCCAUCUUCUUAAUGUGGGGGACUACACUGCCUACGAAAACAUCAGAAGGGAUUUUGAGGUUCAGAUUCGAACCUGGCCUUGUAACAAUGAUAAAGCAACCUGUAUCUGUGGAGUUGCGUUCGGUUUAUGUGGGACGUUUGACAACAACGCCAACAACGAACUACCAUCGCAAUGGUUCUGGACAAAAAUGCCCGCUAACAACGUGCCGGUGAAGUUCACAGAGUCCUGGAAGAUUUACAAUAGGACAAGCCUGUUUGAUAUUAUACCUCCGUCUUCGGGAAAUUCUAGUGUGCCUCGACACUGCAUCUGCAGUAAGAAUGGUGAUAAUGUGACUUGUACUUACAAGACCAACAUAGUCAAGCUGCAGUGUCGCAACUGCAGAGAACGUCAAAGAAGUGGUUUUAUUGGAUGGCAACCUACAAGCGGUAAGAGAUCUGCCAAUGGCGGUUUGUACAUAGACAGCGAUGAGGUGAACAGUGUUUACGACCCUAGCAGAUACGCAGAUUUCCAGCCACCAACUCUGUCACUGGCGACAUCGACUGGCAUCAGCGAAAGUCAAGCAGAGAACUACUUGCUCCACCGCCUUGAGACAGUCUCAGCUCUGUCUCACUGUCAGACAGAGACAAGAGAUUCAAGGGCUGAUUGA